AAAAAAAAAGAUUUUAAUUUUCCUAAUUUUCUUCAUCCUCCUCCUUCGUGAGAGAUAAAAAAGCAAAGAUUCCCGCUGACUCCGUCUCUCUCUCUCUAUCCAUCUCUCUGCCUGCGCUGGAAAGAUUAUUCGUUCCCUCUCUCUCGGCGGCGAAGAUAUGGCGUCUUCUUCAGCUUCGGCGACGGUGGCGGUUGAUAAAGCAACGAGCGAUCUUCUUCUAGGUCCUGAUUGGACCACUAACAUGGAAAUCUGCGAUUCCGUCAAUUCUCUUCACUGGCAAGCGAAGGAUGUGGUUAAAGCUUUGAAAAAGAGGUUGCAGCAUAAGAGUCCCAGAGUUCAGCAACUUGCACUCACGCUUUUGGAGGCGUUGGUGAAGAACUGUGGAGAUUAUUUGCAUCAUCAAGUUGCGGAGAAGAAUAUAUUGGGGGAGAUGGUCAAGAUUGUGAAGAAGAAGGCGGAUAUGCAAGUGAGGGAUAAAAUAUUGGUCAUGCUGGACUCGUGGCAGCAGGCUUUUGGAGGUCCAGAGGGGAAGUAUCCGCAUUAUUAUUAUGCGUACGAUGAGUUAAGGCGUUCUGGAGUCGAGUUUCCUCGGCGUUCACCUGAUGCGUCCCCUGUAAUAACUCCGCCAGUGAGUCAUCCAGCUGUAAGACUGCCUCAGGGGGGUUAUGGAUCACCGCAAGCUGGUUAUGGAGUACCGUAUACUGGUUAUGGACCACCUCAAGCUAGUUAUGGACCACCUCAAGCUGGUUAUGGACCACCUCAUGCUGGUUAUGGACCACCGCAUGCUGGUUAUGGACCACCGCAAGCGGGUUAUGGAAUACCUCAAGUAGGUUACGGAAUGCCCAGUGGUUCCUCUAGAAGGCUUGAUGAAGCAAUGGCAAGUGAGAUUGAGGGCCUAAGCUUGUCAAGUAUUGAGGCCAUGAGGGACGUGAUGGAUCUCUUAGGAGACAUGCUAAGCGCUGUGGAUACCAGUGACCGUGAGGCUGUGAAAGAUGAAGUCAUUGUUGACUUGGUCGAGCGUUGUCGUUCCAAUCAGAAAAAGCUUAUGCAGAUGCUAACCUCCACUGUUGAUGAUGAACUUUUAGGCCGGGGACUCGAUCUAAAUGACAGUCUUCAAAUUCUGCUUGCUAGACAUGAUGCAAUAGCUUCUGGUUCUCCUCUGCCAGUUCUAGCGAUAAAACCAGCUGAUUCGAGCCCAAAAUCUUCCGAAGCUAAAGAUUCUAGUUCCAUAGCUGGUUCCAGUUCCCCAGUACCCGCCACUGUUUCUACGGGGAAAAACCCAGUUGAUGAGGAAGACGAGGAGGAAGAUGAGUUUGCGCAAUUAGCCCGAAGGCAUACUAAACCACCAGCUUCUGUGACUACAGACCCAGCCAGUUCAGAGUCUCCUAAUGAUCUUGCUCUUGCCCUGCCUGACCCGCCGCCUCCAGUGAACACCUCAAGGGAGCAAGACAUGAUUGACUUAUUGAGUUUGACAUUGACGUCAACUCCUUCACCUCCAUCAUCUCAACCUGCUCCUCCGCCUACUGUCUCAGAUCAAAACAGCCAUAUCUAUCCGCAGGCUGUGCCACAGUUUGAGAGCUAUGUCGCUCCCUGGGCACAACCCCAGCAACCUCAACAGCAACAUUCUCAAACACAUCAGAGCUAUUCUCAACCACAACCGCAUCAAACACAACAUGGCUAUUCUCAACAGCAGCAGCAGCAGCAACCUCAUACACAGCAAGGUUAUUAUCAACAGCAGCAGCAACAGCCUCAAGCACAGCAAGGUUAUUCUCAACCACAACAGCCUCAAGCACAACAGGGUUAUUCUCAACCACAACAGCCUCAAACACAGCAGGGUUAUUCUCAACCACAACAACAACAGCCUCAAACACAACAGGGUUAUUCUCAACCGCAACAGCCUCAAACACAACAGGGUUAUUCUCAACCGCAACUGCAACAGCCUCAAACACAACAGGGUUAUUCUCAACCGCAACAAAUUCAAACACAACAGGGCUAUUCUCAACCGCAACAGCAAGCACAGUUCCGGAUGCAACCGCAAGCUAGACCUCAGAGUCCUUUUGAAUAUCCGCCUCCGCCAUGGGCUUCAACAUCAGCAAAUGCAUACUACACUCCACGGGCUAAUGCAACUGCGUCAUACACAGAGACAAGUGCCGGGAGAACACUGCAGCAGUCCAACUCAUUCCCUGCUAGAAUCGGAGAUCCCCAGGCUACUUCAGCUGCAAGCAAUCCAGGUGUCUCUGGAGGACAGAAGCCGUUUGUUCCAUCGUACAGAUUGUUCGAAGAUCUCGAUGUGUUUGGUAGCGGAGAGGGGAAGCAUAAUAAUAAGUCUACCAACAGCAAUAACGCUUCUCAAGGCAUGUCUGGGUCUCAGGCGCAGCAAAGUAUGUUAGGAGGGAGGAAAAUGAUUUAACAUAAGUUUGCAUGCUUCGUUAUUUUCUCAUUGUGAAUAUAAUGGUGUGCAACUGAAUGUACAUUUUCUUUUCAUCUUGUUUGGUUUUAGGAUUUGGUAAUGAUAUACUAAAACGAUUUGAUGAGACUAUGAGAUUUUUUAUUUGUCUUCUAUCUUCUUUACACCUUUUGUUGAGUUGUGUGGACUAUUGGUUUGGUGAGUGACUUCAGCA